AUCAGAGGACGCGCGUGGUUUUGUGUUGUCGAUGGGUUUGACUUUCGCAUGACUGUUUGAGUGAGCUGGCCUCGUCCGCCUGCCCUCGCUCGUGCUUUUUGAUGAAGGACCAACGCGGCCAGCAUUCUUGCAUCACCUGCAACGGGGGCCCAGCGCUGUGAGCGGAACACCCAACGCUUCCCGGGAUCAUGAGGUGACACUAUCCAUCUGCCUGAAUAUAGAACCACUUAUAGUCUAUUGCUCUCCCGCUACCCAUCGCUGAAGCAUCUGUGUCUCCUGAGCAGGCGGCAGCCAGAGAGGCAAUAUGGCAGAGACCGAAGCAUCGUCCGUUGCGGCCGAGCACCGGCCACGCGCAGUACACAUGUCCAGGUCCUUCACCCGCAUGGCCGAUAGAAUGGCGGAGAGGCAGGCGGAGUCGGCGGAAUCGCCGUCGAGGAAACGGGCGAGCACGCUGCGAGAGGCUGGCAUACCAUCGAUUCCUGCCGCGAGACAUAUAGCGACGUCUCCCGAACUGAAUGGCCAGAAGUCCUCCGCAGAUGUGUUUGAGAGUCAGGAGGAGGAACAUCACGAGGAGACGAAAGAGGGAGCCAGCACCCCAGGACUGAAUGUGCCCAGCACGAUGGACGAGUUACCCGUGGAGAUUCGGACUCUUUGCGAUCGCUUCCUCGAGAGUUUGUCAGCGAAGGUCCAUCCAACGCCCUUGAACGCAGAACAGCUGUCGGACCUGUUUCAGGACUUCUACGAGCGAGCUGCGAACCACAUUGCUACCCAUAUUGCUACACUGGCCGCGAGGAUAGGAAGGACCACGCCGCCCGCUCAAACAAGGACAGGCAAAGGCAGGCAGAGAUCAGGGUCCGGAGCGAAGAGAGGCUCGCAAGAUGAUGGAGCUGGUCAUGCAGAGAUGCUUACGGCGGCCGAAGUGGCAGAUAGGAAGAAGGCGAGGAAGCAGCUGGAGCACAAACGGAUUGCCAUGCAGGAGGCAGUGGAGCGGGCCGUCUGUGAGAAGAUCUAUAACAAGAUAUGGAAGCACCGCAGUACAGAAGAUGAAGCUCGAGACGACAAGCUGCGGUCAAGGACGCAAGCACUCUCCGUUGUUGGAAUAGGGUUGAAGGAGCUGCAUAUGGACAAGCCGGACGUACGGCGGCUGGCAGAAGAGAAGGAAGACGACAUCAACCUCUCUUUGGCACCUGCACGCGAAGCCCUGCAGCGCAUGGACGAUGAUCACUACCCGCUUGGCAAGCUGCAUCACCUUACUGCCGCUCACCAGGCCAUCGUCGAGACUUUAUCGCAGAUCUUCCCAUCCUCCUCGUCCGCCGACGAGAUUCUGCCCACUUUAAUUUACACCCUCAUCACCUCGCCUCCAGAAGGAAUCAAUGUGGUCAGCAACCUUGCUUUCAUCCAGCGCUUUCGCAUGUCAAGUAAAGUCGACGGUGAGGCAGCAUACUGCCUUGUCAACCUGGAAGCCGCGAUCUCGUUCUUGGAAACCGUUGAUCUUUCAUCGCUGCGAGCUGACGAGCUACCUGAGGGCCCAGACGCAAAACCAAUUUCAACGUCAAGCCGUUCUUCAACACCAAGGUUGGAAGGGCCGACCGCGAUUGUCCUGCCAAAGAAUUCCCACGCUCUCACGCCUGACGUAUCCACGGCGGAUGCUGCAUCAGCUGAGCUCAGCACGAGCUCAAGCAGUGCCGCCAAAAGCCUGCCUUCGCCCGGUCUUGCCGCACCAAGACCUACAAGGCCUACAAUGCAGCAGCGACGAAUUUCCUCCAUGAUCGAAACGACUGCUGCUCGUGUGGAUACCGGCAGACAGGACUUCCUCAAUGCCGCAGACAAGCUUUACGACUCUGUCAAUGGCACUCUUGAUAACAGUAUGCAGUUCCUCUUUGGAAGAUUCAAAGAGCAAGUUGCCGACUCGAAAUCCUCUUUGCCCAAGACCUUGGAGGAUGCGCGUAGACUCGUUUCGGCGCCCAUUAAGGGUUCGGGUGACGAUGACUCCGCGAGCUUUUCUGGCCGCAGUAGUCCGGCUCAUGGUGAUCCACUAUCGGGUGGUGGCAGUUUGCUGGAGUCGAAUAAGAUGCUCGAGCUUUUGGGCGGCAAGAAGGUGGUACGUGAAAAAAGUGUGGAGAGCAUGAGAUCGGGAUCCAGUGUUCAGAGAGCUGCAACUUUUGAUGCGAAGACUGCUGCUGGCGCCGCCGCCGCGAAGGAAAGGGCGACGCAACAGCCGACAACUCCAUCCGGACUCUUCAAUUCCAUCAACCCACUCAACAAGUUCGGAAUGCCUGCUUUCGUUCCACGUUUCGGCCGAGCAGGUAGUGUCAACAGCUCCUCACAACCAAGCGUGGUUCCCCAGCCUGAUGUGAAGCCAUCGACGUUACCUGCUGGUGCUGCAGCAGCUCAAGGAAGAUUGAACGGGCUUGUAGAAUCUCCUGACAGCAUACGAAAGCCGAAUGAUUCGCUUUCGCCCUCAUUGGAGAGAACACGUAGUCGAGACUCUUCAGCUGGUCUGGGCGAAGGCGACGAGAUGAAUGCUAGAGAAUCGCUCGCAGAGCUAAGGAAACUCAAGCCGCCCAAGAAGAGAUUCUUGGAUAUCGAGAGUGCGAAUCAGCUAAAAUUGGGCGAGGUCGAAGAGCUGUUAUUGGAAUAUCGGCGACUGGCGAAGGCAAUUGGAGAGGCUAUUGCAAACUAGAAUGGCACGGAACAUUCAGCGAGGCGUUGGCAACGGCUUUCACACAAAAUCAUGCACCGGGCGCUUGGUCCUACA